AUGUCACCUUUCUUGUCAAGCGAGGAUGGUUUGGACAAUAAUGAUAAUGAAUUUGCACACGUGACAUGCGACCAAGUUGAUGACCACAUCUCAGCCUUUAAAGAAGACGAGUUUGUACGACAAGCGCUUGAGCAAGGCAUGGAUUUAAGAGAAUAUGCGCAACAGAUUGAGCACGAACGCAGUGAAGUGCAGCGAGACAUUGAAAAUGAUCAUACAUUGCAUCUUCAUUCAUUCCUCAAUUUGCAUUCUGAGAUCCAAUCAUGUGAUGAUACUCUCAGACGGAUGGAGGAGCUAUUAAGUGUAUUUCAGAGCGAUCUUGGAAAUAUCAGCGGUGAAAUUCGAAGUCUUCAAGAGCACUCUUCCCAUAUGAAUAUCAAACUCAAAAAUCGGAAGGCUGUGGAGAGCAAACUCGGUAAAGCGCUACAAGGAAUGGUGAUCUCGCCGGAUAGCGUAAAGAAAAUCACAGAAGGCCAGAUCGACGAAAUGUGGCUGCAAUACCUCUUAAGUGUGAAUCGACAGAUGCGUUUUGCGAAAGCCAACCAAAACAAGCCUAUCAAAGCUUUACGCAACGUAGGACCCGAAUUGGAGAAAUUACGUCUGAAAGCUGCAGGGACAAUCCGAGAUUUCUUUAUUGAAAGAAUUCAUGCGUUGCUUGUACCGAAUACCAACGUCCAAAUUAUGCAACAAUCGGUCUUUCUGAAGUACAAAGCGCUACAUCAAUUUGUGUUGGAACGUCACCAAGACGCAGCAACCGAGAUACGGCAAACUUACAUCAACGCAUUACGUUGGUAUUUUCAUAACCAUUUUGAACGAUAUAGCAAAGGCUUGAAUAAGCUACAGACUAUUACUGCCGAUAAAUCCGAUCUUAUCGGCGAAGAGCAUGGGCGAAAAGUAAUAGGUGGAUUAUUCAGUGGCAGCAAGCUCUCCCUAAAAGAUAAAGCCAACGUGUUCUCUUUGGGUGACCGUAUCGAAGCGUUACGGAUGCAAGACCAAGGCGUAAUCUUGGUACAUAUAGCAGAGGAUAAAGAGCAGAGAUAUCAGUUUGAACAACUCUUUCGAAGUUUCAACCUUACCUUGAUCGACAACGCAAGCUCAGAAUACCUUUUCAUUCAUGAGUUCUUUUCUUCAUGUGAUACAAAAAAAUCAGCUGACAUUGCAAAGAUGAUGUUCCAAGAGAUCUUCCAGCCUACAGAGAAGGUCGGAGAGGACUUUACCAAGAAUUAUAUUGAAAACUCCUAUGAUGCCGUAGGUAUUCUGCUCUGUAUUCGUAUCAAUACACAGCUGGCUUUGGAAUUACAACGACGACGAGUGCCGGCUCUAGAGAGAUAUACCAAUUCAACGAAUAUGAUCCUAUGGCCACGGUUUCAACAUGUCAUGACACUUCAUGUGGAAAGCUUGAAGCGCAUGGCAAAUACAAAGGCAAUUUUGAAUUCAAUCAAGGAUAUCCAUCCACACUAUAUUACUAGACGAUAUGCCGAAUUUGCAGCAUCGCUUUUGGUUCUAAAUGAAGGCUAUGAUGAUGCCAUAUUGACUAAUAGCAUUCAUAAAUUGAGGAACGAAUUCGAGGGCUUACUAUCUCGGAUGGCCAAUGAGUUUACUGAAGGUCCACGUCGGAUAGCGUUCUUAAUCAAUAACUACGAUGUGAUUGCAUCUGUGUUUCAGGAAACUCAAAACAGAGCAUUGGAACAUGAACUAGAACACGUUCAGCAACUUUUAUCCUUGCAUACGGGAGCAUUUGUCGAUGAACAGCUGAAACCGUACUUUGGGCAGAUGAUGGCGUGCGUCAAACUUAAUGAACAAUCAGAUACGGUGAUGCAGACGGAGACAGAUGACUUGCAGAGGAUCUCUCAUCAUUUUGCACAGACCUGGCGUCAAUCCUUGACAUCUAUCAAUGCUUCGGUUAUUCAAUAUUUCUCGAACUUCAAGAAUGGGACUGCAGUAUUACACGCAGUGUUAGGUCAAUUGAUAGUCUACUACACCAAAUUUUUGGAUUUAUUAGAACAGCGCGUUGUAGGCGGUGUGCAGCCAGUAGGAGUCCAAACGGUCAUGGUAGAAAUAAAGAAAUUCCGGAACACUUUCUAA